AUGGUUCUCUUUGAUUUCAAGUCGGACAAACACUUCGUUACCUCCUCUGACGAAACCACCAUUAAAGUCUGUGAGUUGACUGAUCCUACUAUUCACCCUUCCUAUAUCCGAAAGACUCAUUGGAGGGAAGUUGGCAACAUCAUCAUCGUUAGUGAUGAUAAUGGAGACGACGACGACUUGGCAGAAGAGCAGUACUACGACGGGCUGUUGUUUUUCGAUGGCCAUGGGAAGAUCGAGGGACAGGAAGCCCUCACCAAGCUAGCCCGACACCUCACUCGGUCGGGGUUAAUGGUGAGCCCUGGAGGGUAUUGCUUUCAAGACGUGACUGAGCUGGGAGAGCAUAGAGACUUUGGCGCUCACUACUUUCGAUUGAAUGAUCUCUUCAACUGGACCAGUCACGGUGUUGAGUUGCCGAGGAUCACCAUGUGGCCGCGGUUGGAGUUGAAGUACAUCGUGCCAAGACAGAAGAAAAUAUCAAAGCAACCAAUGGUUGGCGGUGGGGUGAGCAAAGAGAAGUAUGAAGAGUUGAAAAGGAUGUUGAGCAAGAAGGAUGAGGAGCUGGAGAAUGUAGCCAACGAAAUGGAAGACGAGAUACAGAAAUUAAAGGAAGAAAAAGAAGAAGAGCUACAAAAGCUACGAGAAGAGAUGGAAGAGACGAUUGAAAAGAAAGACGUGGAGCUACGAAAGGUGAAGAGGCAAAGGGACGAGGCGAAGCGUCCGAAACCGAUGAUGUCCGAAGGAGUGAGCAAAGAGAAAUACGAGGGGUUGAAAAGGAUGGCCAGAGAGAAGGACGAGGAGCUAGAGAAGCUGAGGGAGGAGUUGGAAGAAGAUCUACAAAAGCUGAGGGAUGAAAAAGAUGGGGAAAUAAGAAAGUUAAAAGAGGAGAUGGAGGAUGCGAGCGACAAGCACGAGGAGGAGUUGCGAAAGUCGAGAAAGGAAAAGGACGAGCUGCAAAAGCAGUUGAAGAAAAACGAUGACGUGCAGCACACGCUCAAAGUGGGGAGCGACGAUUUGCAAAAGCCGAGGAAGGAGAAGGCCGAGGAAUUGCGAAAGCUAAGAGAGGAAAUGCAAGAGGAGACGGAAAAGGCGAGAAAGGAGAAAGACGAAGAAGUGGCGGAGACAUUGCGAAGAGGAAAAGACGAGGGAGCAAAGCCGAGCAAAGAGCAGGAAGAGGAACUUAAAGAAUUGAGGGAUGAAGUAGAAACUCUGAGAAGGUCUAGGGACGACGAAGCAGGUAAAGCGACGAAGAAGGAGGAAGAGAUUGAAAAAGUGCCAAAAAAUGAGCGAAAGAACAACAAGGACGACGGAGCAUUGCGUCGGGAGCGAUCAUGGAUGCGGCUACCUACGACGACGAAGUACACCACUGAUCCCACAGUCCACAAAAGCAGGAGACGGGCGGUGCCACCAAGUACUUGGUCCGUCAAUGGUUGGGGUUUCACAUACCUUUAUGAGAACAAUAAGAACUCGGACUUCAUGGGGUUCCUUGAAAGAGGUUCUGUCCUUGUGGUGGAUGAAGACACCAAAGAUUGGUCGGCUCCCAGCUCCACGAUUCAUGUACAGUGUGGGGGAAAUGUAGCAUUCGACCAGAACAACUGGUGGUUUGUGAAGGUACAGCGACAACAGGAUGGCGGCCAUACCAUGCUAGCAUAUUACGACGGUGAUCGAAGCUACACUGCUACCAACAACGGUAACGGCCGUACUACCCGGAUUGCAUUUGGUAAGGGCACUUUUAUAUCAGCAAGCACAGUUUUCUUCAUGAUUGAAUUGUUUGGCGAAUUCAAGCUGGCUUUCCACUAUCGGGACUCACUAUAG